CUUAAAACUAGCGUAGCCAUUUAGCUAGCAACAGUUGUACGCAUGCAAACAUAACGGCGGCAGACGGUGACAACAACCUGGAUGCUGACACCCUGCAGAGGACAUCACAUGUGGCCCCUCUCACAUCCUGCUCCCAUCUAAUGUGACCGUCUCCAGCUCACCAGUCCAGUGGCACUGACACCAUGUCCACCCAGACAGGAGUACCGCCUUCCCUGCGCUUCGGGCAGGUGGUCAUUGGACCCCCAGGCUCAGGAAAAACCACCUACUGCCAGGGAAUGCAGGAGUUCCUUACUAACCUGGGACGCAAGGUUGUUGUGGUGAACAUGGACCCCGCCAAUGAAGGGCUACCGUAUACCUGUGCAAUAGAUAUCUCAGAGCUGGUCACCCUGGACGAUGUCAUGGAGGGUUUGAAGCUUGGCCCCAACGGUGGGCUGCUCUACUGUAUGGAGUAUGUUGAGGCAAAUCUAGACUGGUUAGAGAACAAGCUGAAACAGCACAGUGACUGUUACUUCUUGUUUGACUGUCCUGGGCAGGUGGAGCUCUAUACCCACCAGAGUUCAGUGAAGAAUAUAUUCUCACAGCUGAGCAAGUGGAAUUUUAGGCUCACAGCAGUGCACCUGGUGGACUCACACUACUGCGCCGACCCAGCCAAGUUCAUCUCUGUGCUGUGUACCUCGCUGUCCACCAUGCUGCAUGUAGAGCUUCCACAUGUCAACAUCCUCUCCAAGAUGGACUUGAUUGAACAGUAAGGCAAACUGGCCUUCAACCUUGACUUCUACACAGAGGUCAUGGACCUGACCUAUCUUCUCGACCACCUGGCUGCAGACCCCUUCUUUAAAAAAUUCCGUCAUCUAAAUGAGAAGUUGGCGGAGGUCAUACAAGAUUACAGCCUUGUCUCCUUUGUGCCUCUCAAUGUACAGGACAGAGAGAGCAUGAUUCAGGUCUUACGAGCAGUGGACAAAGCCAAUGGCUACUGCUUUGGAGACCUGGAGGAGAGGAAUCUGCAGGCCAUGAUGUCAGCUGCUGUGGGGGCAGACUUCCAGUUCGACUCUACUCUCGGAGUGCAAGAGCGGUAUCUUGGAACCAGUGGAAAGACUGUGGAGGAAGAAAUGAUGGAUCUGUAAAUUGAGAAGCCCAAAUAAAAGGACAAAACUGGUUGCCUUUUUAGCAUCAGUAUACCAGGGGAGUCUUGGCAACAUCCAUCUCACUUGGCCUGAAUUCUGAGCCUCUCUACAAAAGCGGUAGAGAGAUAGGAACUAAAUUUGGGUGCUGUAGAUGCUUCAAGGUUGCACCACACCUCAUAAAAAUCACAGUGAGGACGACUGAAGGGAGUGGAUACAGAGCUUCACUUGCCAUCAAUAAGAGUGGUGUGAUUUAUUGUAUUUUUCACAAGGAAAUCAUCAAAAAAUUCUGUUACAAUAUCUUAAAAUAUAUCAAAUGUAAAGACCCUCAGUUUUGUUUUAUUAGAUGUUUAUGGUCCCCAUAUUUUUUGUGAAAAUACAUCAUGGGUAAGUUGUAUCCACUCUUAAACAAUAAAGUGACUGUAAUAUAAACACU